AAUGACCUCUUCUCCUACCCUAAACCGCCCUCCUUCAGCCAUCACGACCACCAUCCGGUCAUCCCUUCCGUCGCUUUUAAUUUUCCUUCUCUUGCUCUACCUCCUAUACUCUUCCAAACUUCUUAUUUACCCUUCACACUUCGCCGCCAAUAUCAAGUGCCAAGAUUCUAACGUUAAAACCAACGAGGCCAACGCCACCCUAGUUAAACUCUCGGAAACCAAUGUUUCUAAAACAGGUUAUGACGCCGAGCUCAAACAUAUUGCAUUUUGCAUUGCUGCAUCCUCUAAACUAUGGGACUCAAGAAAGGAAUACAUUAAACUAUGGUGGAGGCCAGGGGAGACUCGUGGGGUGGUUUGGUUAGACAAAAAAGUAAAGAUCAAACCAAACGAAAGCCUACCCAAUAUCCACAUUUCACAAGACACUUCAAAAUUCCCAUACACAAACCGACAAGGUCAUAGGUCAGCGAUUCGUAUAUCAAGAAUAGUAUCGGAAGCAUUGAAGUUAGGGAUGCCAGACGUACGUUGGUUUGUAAUGGGAGAUGAUGACACUGUUUUUGUUGUGGAGAAUAUUGUUAGAGUUUUGAAUAAGUAUGAUCAUAAGCAGUUUUACUAUAUUGGGAGUUCAUCUGAAAGUCAUUUUCAGAAUAUAUUUUUUUCAUAUUCAAUGGCAUAUGGUGGUGGUGGAUUUGCUAUUAGUUAUCCUUUGGUAAAAGAGUUGGCAAAGAUGCAAGAUAGGUGUAUUAAAAGGUAUCCUGGUUUGUAUGGAAGUGAUGAUAGAAUGCAAGCGUGUAUGGCUGAGCUUAAUGUCCCGCUCACAAGAGAACCCGGAUUUCAUCAAAAUGAUUUGUAUGGAAACCUCUUGGGUUUACUGUCAGGCCAUCCAGUGACUCCAUUAGUCUCACUGCACCACUUUGAUGUAGUUGACCCGAUAUUCCCUGGAAUGGACAGAGUCAAAUCCCUCAGGCACUUACUAGAAUCUGCUAAAUUUGAUUCCGCCAGUCUCAUACAGCAAUCUAUCUGCUACGACAACAAACGAAAAUGGUCCAUCUUGGUAUCGUGGGGUUUCACGGUACAAAUCAUAAGAGGAAUACUUUCUCCAAGAGAACUUGAAACUCCCAGUCGAACAUUCAUCAACUGGUACAAAGUUCUUGAUUUUACAGCGUAUGCAUUCAAUACCCGGCCUAUCUCAGGCCACCCAUGUCAAAAGCCUUUUGUGUUCUAUGUGAAUUCAACAUGGUAUGACGAAGCUAGGAAGCAGAUCAUUGGGAUCUAUACUAUUCAUAGACAACGAUCCCCACGGUGCUCGUGGAAGAUGGAAUCUCCUGCAAAAAUCCAUACCGUUGUUGUAUUGAAGCGGGAAGAUCCAAAUCGUUGGCAACGGGCACCAAGAAAGGAUUGUUGUAGAGUUCUACCUUCAAGUAAGGAAGGAAUUAUGUACUUAUGGGUUGGUCAUUGUGAAGAAAAUGAGGUCAUCGAGGUGUAAAGUACUAUGUAUAUAUAUAUUCCAUGGUUAUUAUGUGUACAGCCUUAUUAUGUGUAAUGCCAUCAUGUAUUUCAAUGGCAAAAAGGGACCAAAAUCAAUGCCAACAGUCUUAAACAAGCCCUGACUUCACAAGAUAUAAAUACUUUCAGCUGCUGUGCCUAGUCAACAACUUAUACUG